CGGAAAGGAAAUACUUGUUUACAUUAAGUAGCUUAAGAUGACUGUAAUCAUUAAUAUUAUAGUAUUAAUGUUUGAAAAAAUACUACAAUAAUAAAGAUCCUGGAGUAGUGUGUGGUACUCUGUAAGACGUCAACAUGCAUACAAUCAAGGUAUUAAACUGCUGUACCUUUAACGUUACUUGGGAUAAUGGAUCCUUUUCGGAACAUACACAGAAAUGUUUACAAUGUCUUAAUAGCGAGAAGGCAUUUCUUUAUAUACCAGUUAUCAUUUUCGUCGCUUUUAUCAUGAUCAUCGGUACGUUUGGAAACAUAAUGGUGAUAUAUGUGUAUAACUGGGGAUUUAAGCGAAGAUCGGCUAACUUUUUCAUCAGUGCUAUGGCCAUCUUUGAUUUACUUGGAUGUCUUAUUUCAAUGCCUGCCGGUGUUUACGACCUUAUUAAUUCCUAUACUUUCGAUGAUAAAAUUGGAUGCAAAAUAGUAAAGUAUACAGAGGCCGCCAUCAUUUAUGGAUCAGCGAUAAUUCUUAUCGAAAUUGCUUUUGACAGAUACUUCAAAAUUUGCAGACCAUUACGGGUUUUGAUGACUUCAAAGAUUAAAACGAUGUGUUGGGUUGCUUGUGUAGCUGCAUUUAUUCUUGCGUCGCCUGCAUUGUUUUUGUUUGGGAUAACAAAACAAUCAACCCCAAUAAACGGUACGUUUGGUUAUGACUGUUCAAUAGACGAAAAGUACCGAGGAACUGCAUUUCCGAAAGUUUAUUAUAAUAUGCUUACCGUGGUAUUCGUUAUAACUUUUUCAUUGUUGGCAGGAUUUUACAUUAAAAUUUGGAUUGAAAUACGGCAGCGUCGUGACUGCGGGGUAGGAACGGUUUAUGGAUCAACGAGAAUAAAAAAUGCUGUUAAACUUGCACGCAGUAAAAAUACUAUUUUCGCAAGAAGUAUCAGUAGUGAAAGUAAGGACAAGACGCCAAAGUCACCAAAAUCACCCAAAAAGUUAAAAGAUGCUAUUUCUUCUGAUAUUGACAAUUCUCCUCCGAGUUCUCCGCCGAAAAUAAUAUCGCAACCGAAAACAAUCAAACUCAGUAGGACAACUAUUAUAUUUUUCACCGUCACGGUAGCGUUUGUUGUUACAUACUUACCAGGGCUAAUCAUAAUGAUCACAAGGAGUGUGGUGACUAAUUUUUAUGAGGAUUUAUCCCCAAUCGAGGAAAUGAUUGUGAAAUUAUUUUCCAGAUUCUAUUUUAUCAACAAUGCGAUAAAUCCGAUUAUUUACAGCUUUUUGAAUUCAAGAUUUAGAAGGCAGUGCUCAAAAGUAUUUAUCUCCAUAGCUCUCUGUUGUAAAAAUGUAAUGAAGAAUAAAGAUGACAUUUCGUCACAUGAUUAUUCUAGAUCAUAUACAUAUUAAAGAAAAAUGCGUUGGCAUCAAAUUAUAAAGGUUGUUCUUCGGAAGAUCUCGGACUUUAUCAUAUCUUUAUAUACCAUUACGAUAUAUUCAGUGAAGUCUUAAGCCUCACAUUUGUAUCUUAAUCUAACUUGUUUUACCAUAAACUGUAAUAAAUGUAUAUAUGGUAUCUAUCUUAAAACAUUUUUAAAUGUCGCAAUCAUAUUCAAUAUAAAGUAUAUGUAUUAUUAUUUGAGCAUAUCUUUAAAAAACAUAUUUUUCCAUAGAGAAAGUACACAUUUAGUUUUAAAUAAAUGUUUUAAAAUAUA